AUGAAAUCAAUAAUUCAAUUGACUGUAGGAAAGACAUCAGUGACCUGGAAGUAUAAUGUUACCGGAUUUGUCCCAUAUUUACUUGUUAAACUGGCACUCAAUCACCUUUCUUCUGACUCAAUAACAAUAUUUCUAAUAUCAGCAAGAAAUUCACCAGGAAGUAACUUCACCGACGCACUAAUACAGAAAAUCAACUUGUUUUCCUAA